AUGGCCUUCCUCCAGCUCUUCAUCCUCGUCACCGUCAUGGCCAUCACCACGUUCUUCCUCGGCAGUCUGCCGCUCAGUCUGUCCACCACGCUCUCCCCCGUCCGGUUCCACCAGCUGUCGAUCUUCAGCGUCGGCCUGCUUAUCGGCGCCGCGCUCACCAUCGUCAUCCCCGAGGGCAUCGACACCAUCUACAACUCGGCUGUCUCCGCCGCUCCCCCUCCGGCUUUGACACCCGCCGAAGCCGUGCCUGAUCCUUCGCCCACCCACCAUCACCAUUCGACUAUCGGACUGGCGCUCAUGGGCGGGUUCAUGCUCAUGUUCUUGAUCGACCAACUCACCCGGAUCCCGCUCUCGUUCGCCAAGACCCACGCCGACCUGUCGCCUUCGACCCCGCCUGCAGGCCCGCGACGGGGCUCGAGCGGCGGGAGCAGCGCACGGGCGGCCAAGCUGGCGUGCUCGGCGGGCUCGGCGUCGCAGACCACCGGGCUGCUUUCCGCGGAGGGAAGGACUGAAGAUCACGGUCUAAAGGCCUUACAAACGCACUCGUUCGCGACCGUCAUCGGGCUGCUGACCCAUUCGGUGGCGGACGGGAUUGCGCUGGGGGCGUCGUCGAGCCAAGCGACGACGGACGGCGCGGGCGGGACGGGGAAAGGGCUGUCGCUAGCGCUGAUCAUCUUCCUGGCGAUCAUGGUCCACAAGGCGCCCGCGGCCUUCGGCAUGGUGAUGGUUCUGUUAGCCGAGGGACUGGCUCCAUCGGCGGUCCGCAAGAUCCUCGCGGCCUUCAGUCUGGCCGCCCCGGUCGGCGCUAUGACCACCUGGGCCGCCCUCACCCUCGUCCACCGUCUCGCCGCACCGCCCUCAACACCACCACCGGGCACGACCGCCGGACGAGACCUGUCCCAAUGGUGGAUCGGCGUCACCCUGCUCUUCUCCGCAGGCACCUUCCUCUUCGUCGCCACCCAUGCCCUCCAAAACACCUCCUCCAACCCCGUCGACCCCUGCUGCCCAAAACCCCCCGCCCAUCCCUCCUCGCGUCCCCACGACGACAUCCAUCCCCACCCGUCUCCUCCCAGAAACGUCUCCGUCGGCCCCUUGCUCACUUGCGCCCUCAUGGUCUCCGGCAUGUGUUUCCCCUGGUCGCUCACCCAGCUCGUCGGCGCCCACCACCAUUGA